CUCCAACUUUCAUAACCCUAACUUCCUCUCUCUCACACUUCACCACUUCACAACCUCCUCUCUUCUUUCUUCUUCUCUCUCAAAUCCAAGUUUUUGUUCUCUUAUGCAACAAAUCAUUCUAUCACUCUUCCAAUUUCAAAACCCUAAUCAUGAUAUUUAGAAAAUGAUCGAUCGUAUUUUAUCAGUGCUCUUUCUUCGUUUAAAGAUGGCCAAAAAUGGAGCUGAAACAGGCAGAUUAUCGCUCGUGUUCAUGUUCUUGUUCUUUAGCUCAUGCUCGUGCACCGACAAUGAAUUUGAGCUCUUAUUAUCCAUCAAAAGUUCGAUGAGCGAUCCUUUACAGUCCCUCUCCAACUGGAACCUUUCUCUCCCUUUUUGCCAAUGGAAAGGUAUCGCCUGCGACAAUUCAUCUCAUGUAGCCAAACUUGAGCUCUCUGGAAAGAACUUAUCAGGGAAAAUCCCGGAAUCAAUUUUCCAUCUCCCAUAUAUUGAAACCAUCGAUCUUUCAAGUAAUCAGCUCUCUGGUGAAAUUCAAAUCAAUUUUUCUUCUUGUUUGUCGCUGCGAUAUCUCAAUCUUAGCAACAAUAAUUUCACCGGUCCACUGCCCAAAGGCUCAAAUUCGCAGCUUCAAGUGUUGGAUCUUUCAAACAACAUGCUUUCGGGUAAAAUUCCUGAGGAAAUUGGAUUGUUUUCGGGCCUUGAGUAUCUUGAUCUCGGUGGAAAUGUUUUGAUGGGAAUAAUUCCGAAGUCCUUAUCAAAUAUUACAGGUUUGCAAUUCUUGACUUUGGCUUCAAACCAAUUAAUCGGAGAAAUUCCUCGUGAAUUAGGCAUGUCGAAGAGCUUGAAGUGGAUUUAUUUGGGAUACAACAAUCUCUCAGGUGGAAUUCCAACUGACAUUGGAGAAUUGACUUCAUUGAAUCAUCUUGAUCUUGUGAAUAACAAUCUCACCGGUGAAAUUCCAUCGUCUCUUGGAAAUCUCACCAAUCUUCAGUACCUCUUCCUCUACCUAAACAAGCUCACCGGUCCCAUUCCUCGCUCCAUUUUUAGCCUAAAAAACUUAAUCUCACUUGAUCUAAGCGAUAAUUUUCUAUCCGGUGAAAUUCCUGAACUCUUAAAUCAAUUACAAAACUUGGAAAUUCUUCACCUGUUUUCCAACAACUUCACUGGGAAAAUUCCAAAUGCUAUAAUCUCUUUGCCUCAUCUCCAAUUCCUUCAAUUAUGGUCCAACAAAUUCUCCGGCGAAAUACCCAAAGAUCUUGGAAAGCAAAACAAUCUCACUGUUUUAGACCUAUCCACCAAUAACCUCACCGGGAAAAUCCCAGAAAGCGUUUGUGGAUCCGGCCAGCUUUUUAAGCUCAUACUCUUCUCCAAUUCCAUCGAAGGCCAAAUUCCAAAGAGUUUGAGUCACUGCAAAAGCUUAAAGCGAGUACGGCUUCAAAACAAUCAACUCUCUGGUGAAUUAUCUUCAGAAUUCACCAAGCUACCGCUUGUUUACUUCCUUGAUUUAUCAAACAACAAGCUGUCAGGCACAAUCAGUGGAAGGAAAUGGGAUAUGCCGGAGCUUCAAAUGUUGAAUUUUGCAAGAAACAAUUUUUUUGGGGACUUGCCAGAGUCUUUUGGAAGUGACAAUCUUGAGAAUUUGGACUUAUCGGAGAAUAGUUUAUCAGGCAGAAUUCCAGUCAGUUUUGGAAAAUUAUCAGAGCUAAUGCAACUAAAGCUAAGCAAAAACAAGCUCUCUGGUGGCAUCCCUGAAGAGUUAUCUUUGUGCAAGAAGCUUGUGAGUCUAGACCUUAGUCACAACCAGCUCAGUGGCAUAAUUCCAUCGAGUCUCUCCGAAAUGCCAGUUCUCGGCCAGGUUGACUUGUCGGUGAACCAAUUAUCAGGCGAAAUCCCAAAAAGCUUAGGGGAAGUGGAGUCACUUGUUCUAGUAAACAUCUCUCACAAUCACUUCCAUGGGCAUUUACCAUCCACCGGAGCAUUUCUAGCUAUCAACACGAGCGCAAUCGCAGGCAACAACCUCUGCGGUGGUGACACCACAGCCGGUUUGCCACCGUGCAAAGGCGUGAAGACACCGGUUUGGUGGUUCUUCGCGGCUUCUCUCUUGGUUGUUUUGGCAGCUCUUGCAGUUGUUGCAUUUUUUAUCGUUUUCACUCGACAACAGAGAAAAGAUUUGGAGCUCAAGAGGGUGGAAAAUGGAGAUGGAGUUUGGGAAAUGCAAUUCUUCGAUUCCAAGUUCUCAAAAUCAAUAAAAAUGGAUGAUAUUUUAUCGUCCAUGAGGGACGAAAAUGUCAUUUCAAGAGGAAGAAGAGGAGUUUCCUACAAAGGAAAGUCUAACACAACCAACAUACAGUUUGUGAUGAAGGAGAUGAGUGAAAUCAACUCGGUCCCAACUGGGUUUUGGACCGAGUUGGGUAAACUUCGCCAUGAAAACAUUGCUAGGGUUAUCGCCAUGAUUAGGUCAAAAAGCGUUGGAUUUCUGGUUUUCGAGUACAUUGAAGGGAAGAGUUUGAAUGAAGUUUUUCAGGGACUGAGUUGGGAACGUCGGCGAAAGAUUGCGCUUGGAAUUGCGAAAGCUCUCCGUUAUCUACACUGUCACCGGUCACAAAGUGUCAUGGUAAGUGAGCUUUCGCCAGAGAAGAUUAUCGUGGACGGAAAAGAUGAGCCUCACUUGAGAUUGAGUCUUCCCGGGAGGACAUGUAUGGAUAGCAAGAGCUUCAUCUCUUCGGCCUACGUUGCUCCAGAAACUAGAGAAACCAAAGACAUCACAGAGAAGAGUGAUACCUAUGGAUUUGGCCUCAUCUUGAUCGAAUUACUCACCGGAAAAGGUCCUUCUGACACUGAAAUUGGCGGCACGCAUGAGACCAUCGUCGAAUGGGCGCGUUACUGCUACUCCGAUUGUCAUCUUGACACGUGGGUUGAUCCAACGAUCAAGGAACACGGAUCAAAUAACCAUAACGAGAUCGUGGAGAUCAUGAAUCUGGCUCUUCACUGCACCGCCAGCGAUCCGAUGGCUAGACCAUGUGCAAGUGAUGUUGUCAAAACCCUAGAGUCUGUUAUCAGACCAAGUUCUUGUGUUCUAGGCCUCAAGUGUUCUUCUACCAUCUAGUGUUUUUUUGUUUUUUUUUUUUUGGUUAACUCAUAUGAUUUUUGUUCAGCUUUUUUAUUAUAAAGAAAAUGCUAUACAUAAACAAUUUUUUUACUUUAUUUUCUUACCAUUAGACACAUACAUUUAUUAUCUGUGUCUAAUGAUAAAAAAAAAUUAGUAAAAAAAUUGUUCAUGUAUAGCAUUAUCUGUUUUCUAUUAUAAGGUAUUAAUUGAGUGUUAAUUAUAUGUUUUGUCUAAGGUUAUGAUGACAUAAUACUGAGUGUAAAAAUGUAGAUAGAAUGAAAUGCCAUUAUAUAUGAAUUACAGCUUCUUGAUCUAAAA